GAGGGGAAGUUUGCGUACUCUCGCUGCGGCAAUCCGACAAGGAGUGCCUAUGAGUCUGCGCUUGCGGACCUGGAGGCCGGUACCUGGGCCACAGCCACUGCUUCAGGCAUGGCUGCCACAGCCCUGGCUUUGGAGCUCCUGGAGCCUGGUGCUCACGUUCUCGUCAUGAGGGGCGUCUACGGCGGCACCUUUCGCCUGUUCGAGACGGUGCGAAGCCGGACGAUGAAUUUGCAGUUUACGUAUCUGGAUCUCAAUGACCUGGAGGACGUGCGGCAGCAGAUGCGCAAAGAGACAGGCAUGAUUUGGAUCGAGAGCCCCACGAAUCCGCUGCUCAAGCUGGUGGAUAUCCGGAAGCUGGUCGAAGCCGUGAAGGACAACACUUUUGCCACAGCCUGGAAUCAGCAGCCGCUCGAGUUGGGCGUGGACUUGGUGAUGCUCUCGGCCAGCAAGUACAUCGGCGGCCAUUCCGACAUGACUGGCGGUGCGCUGGUCACCAAAGACCCAGUCCUCGCUCAGAGGCUCGCUUCCUUGGCCAAAGCCGUCGGCGGCAUCGCCAGCCCCUUCGAGGCCUACCUGGCUUUGCGCGGGAUGAAGACCCUCGCAGUGAGGAUGGAGAGGCAAUGCCGCAAUGCCCAGCGCGUAGCGGAGUUUCUCGACGGCCAUCCGUGCGUUGCCGAGGUGCAUUAUCCUGGCCUUCCGCGGCACCCACAGCACGAGCUUUGCAAGAGGCAGAUGCGCUCCGGGGGCGCGGUUGUUACUGUCCGCUUCAAAGGUCGGCCCGGAGAAGAGGAUCUGGACAUGAUGCGAAGGUUCUUCAGCAAGAUCAAGUUCUGGAUUCUGGCCGAGUCGCUUGGAGGGGUGGAGAGCAUGAUCAAUCACAGCGCGACCAUGUCGCAUGGCUCCAUGACCAAGGAGCAGCGAGCUUCUGUCGGCAUCUACGACACGACGCUACGCCUCAGCGUCGGCGUGGAGGACUGCGACGACCUGAUCGAAGAUUUGGAUCACGCCCUGAAAGCUUAG